ACCAUUUGAUCAGGCCCGCAAGGCAGUUCAUAAAUGCUAUUUCAUAUCUCAUGAAUGAAUAAUAUAUAAUGUAAUUUUAUUAUGUGCUGGCUGCAGGUUAUUUAAAUUCAAUUAAUUAUCUAUGAACUCGGCAGUUUAGCAGCGUCAUACCCUUGAAUAUAAUUAUAUUUCUUGAUUUUUUAUUUUGUGACUGACUGUUUUUCUUUGCACUGCUAGCGUCAGCUAAGAGCACUUGUACGGCCUUGAGCUGAGUGUUGCCAUAGCAUCCACAGGCGGGACCGUACACGUUUGCUUCUCGUCAGCCGCCUGUCUGUCUGUACUGCAGUGACUCAGCUAGGCGGGCCGCGGGCAGUCAGUGCUAGGCAUUUAUCGAGUGUGGACGCUGUAGAACUGUUAAUACACACUGGGUAGUUAUCACGUGGUGUGACGUCCUACAAAUGGCGACUGCAAAGAAAAGAAAAGUAGAUGCAGAAUGUCGAGCCUUCCAAGAGAAGUGGACAAACGAUUAUUUUUUUGUUGAAGUGAAAGGCAAACCUGUGUGCCUAGUUUGUGGGGAUGCGUUAGCAGUAAUGAAGAAGGCCAAUGUGGAGCGUCAUUACAGCUCAAAACAUGCUAAGCUCAGUGAUUUGGGAGGACAAAUGCGUCUGGAUAAAAUCAAUGCUCUUCGGCGGUGUUUAGAAUCACAACAAGCCUCUUUCACAAGACCUCGGUGUGACAGAGACAACGUUAUUCAGACGAGUUAUGCACUGAGUGACCUAAUUGCCAAGAAGCUGAAGCCUCACAUAGAGGGAGAGUUUGUGAAAGAGUGCAUCGUUAAAGCUGCGGAGUUGCUAGCGCCAGACAAACUUCAGUUAUUUCAGAGUGUUAGUUUGUCUCGUAGAACCGACUCAGAUCGAGUAGCAUCAUCAACAGUACCACCUAACAUCACGCGCCUCGCCAAAGAGAAGCAGUUCCAGCCGUCACAUUAGAGGUGAGUUAAAUGAGUGAAAAAAUAAUUGAUAACUUUUUAUGGCCCGCGAAUUAUAUUAAAAAUAUCUAAAUGGCCCUUGACAGAACGAAGGUUCCC